UUCUCUCUUCUUUCCGUGGCCGGCUGACGGAAUGCUGGCAUCUCGCUGAGCCACCUUCACUGAACAACACUUUUUUUUUUUUUUUUUUUUUUUUUGUUUUCUUGAAAUCCUUAGCCGCAAAGAUAAAAGCUUUGGAUUCAAUACUCUCACUGGAAUUCCAGAUCUCCCCUCCGAGAAUACCAAAUCCCAGAUAGGGGUUUUCAGCCCCUUAAGCCCUAGCUACCCAAAUCUACAGUACUGAAUUUUUAAUGCAAUCCACCCAAGUUUCCGUCGAAUCCAGCUGAUUUCUCGAACUGGGUCGCCCAUGGAUUUCGUGGAGCUGGAGGCGAUCGAGGGCCUCCGAUGGUCGUGGAACUCCUGGCCCGUUUCGAAAUCCGAAGCUUCGGGUUUAGUAGUCCCUCUCGCGAUCAUGGCCACGCCGCUGAUGGCUUUCAAUGAGCUCCCGCUGCUCCCUUACGACCCUCUCAUCUGCUCCGACUGCGGCGCGGUUUUGAAUCCCUAUGCCCGCGUCGAUUACACCACCAGAAUUUGGUCCUGCCCGUUUUGCUACCGGAAAAACCCCUUCCCCAAAUCGUAUCUCGCCAUCAGCGAGAACAACAUCCCGGCGGAGCUUUUCCCGACGUAUAGUACGGUGGAGUAUCAGCUGGGGAAAAAGGGGUUGGCAAUGCCCCAUAACAAUCACUCGGCUCCGAAUUUGAUGCCCGGGUUCGGAAACGGGUCGUCGUUGGUGUCGCCGAGGUCGCCAUCAUUUUCGUCUCACCCUUCGUUUUCCGGCUCCUCUUCUAUGGCGCCAGGGGCGGAUUGCACCGGGCCGGCAUUCGUGUUCGUCGUGGAUGCUUGUACGCCGGACGAGGAGUUGAGGGUUGUGAAGAAUGAGCUAUUGCACGUGAUUGCGCAGCUCCCGGAUUAUGCUUUAGUGGGGUUGGUGGUUUUCGACUCCAUGGUUAGGGUUUAUGAUCUCAGCUUUGCAGACUGCUUCAGAGUGGUGCUUUUCCAUGGGGAGCGUGAGCUCUCAUCUCAGGAGACCAAGCAGUUACUAGGCAUUCAUCCGGUGAAGUACCAAACGGGAAUGAUGCCAAGUGUGCAGAAAGAGGGAUUCCUUGUACGGUUGUCAGAUGGGGAAUUUAGUAUAUCGGCUGCGAUUGAGGAUAUCCAAUCUUUGCCGAAUGUCAGGCCAGGCCAUCGUCCUGUUAGAGCGACGGGAGUUGCAGUUUCAGUUGCUGUUGGACUUCUAGAAGGGUACUUGGUUAACACGGGUUCUCGUAUCACGAUUUUCACCUCGGGGCCAACAACCAUUGGCCCAGGGAAGGUGGUAGAUUCAGAUUUUCGAAAUGCAAUCAGAACUCACAGAGAUGUGGAUAAUGGUCAUGCAGCUUAUUACACGAAGUCUUGUGGAUUUUACAAAAAGAUCUCGGAGAGACUUUCUGAUUCGUCAAUUGUUCUUGAUCUGUUCGCCUGUUCGUUGGAUCAAGUUGGAGCAGCAGAACUUAAGGAUCCCGUGGAAUGUUCGGGAGGUUUCAUGAUGUUAGGAGAAUCUUUCGAGUCCGACCAAUUCAAAAAGUGUUUGCGUCACUUGUACAGCCGCGAUGAGUUUGGGAAUCUGAAGAUGUGUUUUGAUGCAACGUUGGAAAUAGUAACCACGAAAGACGUAAGAAUCUGUGGAGCCCUUGGCCCUUGUGUAUCGCUACACAAGAAGAAUGGUUCGGUGAGUGACAAAGAAAUUGGUCAGGGCGGUACCCAUAUCUGGAAAUUAGGUACCCUCACCAACAAAACAUGCAUCGCCUUCUAUUUUGAAGUCGGGGGUGAACAGAAAGCGCAACCCAGCUCAGCAUUCUUCAUACAGUUCAUAACACGCUACAGAUGUGGAAACAUGGGAUUUCGGAAAAGGGUGACAACUGCAGCGAGAAGGUGGGCUGGGACCCACUCUGCGGAAAUUGUUGCCGGGUUUGAUCAGGAAGCUGCUGCAUCGUUAAUGGCUCGGCUCGCCAUCCAUAAACUCGGGAGCACUUUUGCGCCCGACGUAAUCAGGUGGCUGGAUAAAAUGUUGAUACGCUUCGCUUCAAAGUUUGGGGAUUACGUGCAGGAAGACCCAUCGUCCUUCCGUCUCUCCUCCACUUUCUCCCUAUACCCACAGUUCAUGUAUUAUCUAAGGCGGUCUCAGUUCAUCGAGGUUUUCAACUGCACUCCCGACGAGACCGCAUUCUUCAGGCUGAUGCUAAACCGCGAGGGAGUGGUAGGGUCUCUUAUAAUGGUGCAACCCACCCUCUUCCAGUACUCAUUCGACGGCCCACCUGUCCCUGUUCUACUCGACGUGUGCUCCAUCUCCCCAGACGUUAUUCUUCUCUUCGACUCCUACUUCCAUGUCGUCAUACAUUACGGCUCCAAGAUUGCACAGUGGCGAAAACUCGGCUAUGACAGGGACCCGAGCCAUGAAAGCCUCAGGAAACUGUUGGAAGCUCCAGAAGUCGACGCUGAGCAACUGGUGGCCGAGCGCUUUCCUGUUCCGAGGCUCAUCAAAUGCGAUCAGCACGGUAGUCAGGCAAGGUUUCUCCUCGCGAAAUUGAACCCGUCUGUAACUCAUAAUUCUACACAUACAGAUGGGAAAGAUGUUAUAUUCACAGAUGAUAUUAGCCUGCAAGUAUUCAUAGAGCAUUUGCAGUCUUUGGCAGUGCAGGGUUGAUUGUGUGUUGUAUAGUUGUUUGGGGUUUUUUUUUUUUGGUUUUUUGUUUCAGUCGCAGCCCGCAGGUCGUAUAAAGGAAACAUUGUACAUUAGUACUGAGAUAGAACAAGUAUCUUUGUUUAAUACUCCCAUAUUUUUUUUUCUUAUGUGGAGAAGAAAAUGAAGGCUUUCCCUUCUUGCA